UACUUGCGCAGUCGUAUAUAUUUUCAAUCGCUUCAACAAGUACCACUUCGAAUCUUAAAAUAUAAUUGCAUAUAUUUGUUUUUGGUGUACGGAUUAUUUUCUUUUAAUGCCAUGUUGCUAAUUUUUGUAAUUAUCCACUCUUUUGGACCAGCUGAAGGUUUAGGAAAUGAAUUGAUGACAUCUUUUUUCGAGAUAGAGAAAGUUUUUCAGUUUCCCAAAAAUGACCCUUCACUUUCUUUAAUACAAGCAAAGUCAUUGAUUUCAUGCAGUUUUUAUUGUCAGAAAUUAGAAUCGCCAUCGUUUUACUUUUUUGAAAAUAAUGCAACAUGUUUCUGUUGUUUCGGUCAUGAAAAUAACACUGGUGAGGAGGGGCAGACUGACAAUAAUAUUAUCCAUGGGAAAAGAACAGAGACGGUGUCAACAACGUUUACUCAAGAAGGCAGUUUAGAGACAAAAAGAAUACACAAGCAACCAGAGCCAGUUGACUGCCUUGAGCUUUUUCAACAAGGCUAUACCAAGGACGGUAUUUAUGUGAUCAAACCAACCGGAAGUAUUACUACUGAUGUGUGGUGUGAUAUGACCAAUGGUGGAUGGACAGUUAUACAACGUCGAGUGGAUGGGUCAGAAAACUUCUACAGAACAUGGACGGAUUAUGUUUGUGGAUUCGGUAACAGAUCAGGGGAGUACUGGCUUGGCCUUGAGAAUAUAUUUUGGCUUACUACUAUAAACAGUUCUUUGAGACUUGAAAUGGAAGCAUUUGAAGACGUAUCACCUACACAUGCUUAUGCACAGUAUCACACGUUCAGAGUUGACGACGAAGAUUCAAAUUUUAGAUUGCAUGUAAAAGGCUUCUCCGGAAACUGCGGUGAUAGUCUUAGUGACCAUGAUGGAAAAAUGUUCUCGACUAAAGAUAGGGAUAACGACGUAUG